GACAUUUGACGUGAAAAUUAUAUUGAUAUCAAUUCAAAGAAAUUUAAUUAAAAUACCUUAUAAAUAGCAUUUUAUUGGGAAAAUACAAGCUGGGACAUAUGAAUGUUUGUACUAUUGAUUUUAUGAUAAGUAAAAUGUCAGCUGACAUGUAAUAAUGGCGCCAAAGACCACCAUCAGGUCGACGAAACGCAAAUCAUUAUUUACCGAAUACAGAUGUGGAAUUUGUUCGAAGAGAUUUUCAAACAAAUCCGGCUUGAAGAUCCACACACUCACACAUUCAACCGAUCGCCCGUUCUCGUGUCAACAAUGUCCACACACGAGCAAGACUAAGAAAUAUCUCAGCAAGCACGUGAAGAAGGUCCAUGGACCGAGGACGGAGGAGUGUAGCGUGUGUAGGAAGAAGUUUCAUUAUAAAUGUAUUUUGAAGAGACACAUGUUGAUACACACAGGCGAGAAGCCGUACAAAUGCAAUGUAUGCAAAAAAUCCUUCAAUACCAGAUACAGUCUCAAAACGCAUCAGCUGAUACAUUCGGAUUCAAAGCCCUACAAGUACUCGUUCUGUGACUACUCGUGCAGAGACUCGUCGACGUUGCGCAAACACGAAGCACGGCACAUGGGCAUCGAGAGGAGAUUUGAAUGCAAAGUGUGUCAUAAAUGCUAUAAAACUAAACGCGUCCUCAAGCUGCACAUAUCAGAGGUUCACCUGGGCGUGAAACUAAACAACACGCCUUGUCCGGAUUGCGGGAAAGAGUUUAAGUCUCUGGAGCGAAGGAAUACUCACAUUAAGAUCGUACACGACCGCGUUUAUUCCUGCACAUGCGACAUCUGUGGUCUCAUCAUCAGCAACAAGUACAUGAUGGAUACUCAUCUCACCACGCACUCGGACUUGAAGCCGUUUUUAUGCAGUUUCGGGAACUGCGAGAAGCGUUUUAAGGACAAGGGCACUCUUAAGAAGCACACAAUAAUCCAUUACCCGGACCAACAUCACCCGUGUCCGACAUGCGGUAAACUAUUCGCCAGGAUAAGUAGACUGAAGAAGCACAGCUUACAGCACAAGGAAAAGACGAAGUGUGUCUUCUGCGAUCAUUGUGGGAAGGGGUUUUAUAAUAAAAAUUACUUGGCGUCGCACAUCACCAGGAAGCACGUGUUGAGAGAGCGAUUCGUUUGCGACCUCUGCGAUCUCAUCACAUACAACAAGCCCAGCAUAGUGAUGCACCUCAAGUACGGACACGUCAACGAGCGAGAUCGUAAAUGCAGAAUAUGCAAGAAGGUAUUCAAGGAACACAAGUAUCUGAAGCAGCACUACUGGGUCACUCAUUGCAUCAAGUACAAAGUGAUGCAGAGACAAACAAAAAAACCGAUUCAGAUAAAACAGGAAGUUGUUGACUACAAGCAGGUAGAAAUAUUACACGAGGUCAAGGUCGAACGCGUCGACGAUGAUGAAAAAUCCAUACAAUAUACAAAGCCGGAUGUGUGUGAGAAUGUGUCGGCGGCUGUCAUCUCCGAGGAUGUAUCUGGAGGUGUUCCUCGAGAACGAGUUAACUUGGAACAGAUCGAUCAGCUGUUAGUAGAACACGUCAUAAAACCCGGUGCAGUCGAGGAAGUUCAAAAAGAUGUACAAAUAGACGAGAAAUGCCGGCAGGAAGCUCAGAAGCAAAUCAAGCAACUCCUUACAAGAGCAAGAAGGGAGAAGGAGGCGAGAGAACUAGAAAGGACAAGAAGAAUGUACAACAGAAGAAUAAGAGAAGCGUCGAGAGUUAAAUUAGACGUUACUCGGAUCAAAUAUGUUAAAAUGAAUGGCGAAGACAAUGAGCGAGUUACAAAGGACGAGGGAUCGCUUAACGAAGCGGAGGGUAACGAUUUGAAUGAUGCUGAAAGAUCAGCUGUCAUAGAUGAUGUAGAUGGAGCGGUUGUAGAUGAGAUAGAUGAAGACGAUACAGAUAAAAAACGAGAUGAAAAUAUGAAAAACAAUAAAUUCAAAUUAAAUUCACAUCAGUGCUACGUCUGUUUGAAGCUUUACGGAACUAGGGAGGAGCUUUUGGAGCACUGUCAGGAGCAUUUCGAUGUUUGCAACUCGACAAUACUUAAAAAAUGUCCUCUGUGCGACUACGUCACCAAGUUAAACAUAUCGCGGCAUAUAAGAAACGUUCAUAACAUAAAAAACAGAAUAUGUACAAGAAUUAAUGAGAAUAAGAACGAGAAAGAUGGCACUGGGUACUAUUACAGCAUAGAGGACAGAAGGAACAUCAUUGAAAUUAUACCCAGCGUUAAGGAGCUGAACAAACGAGCUUGCAUCAGAUUGGACCAAAGAAGAAAGGACAACGAACGCAGAGGAAUACAGAAGACUAGACUAGUCAAAAAGAACGGCGAGUGGAUUGUUGAGAAACAGGAUAUAAACAUCAGUGAUUACAUUUUACCGGAAAUCGGUAAUGUUAUGAAUGUUGCCAGCAACGAUUAUGUCAGCAGGUUGAAAGUUUUGGGGCUCAUAGCGAAAAACGCGGGUAGGAGCAUAAUGUAUCCGUGCGACAAAUGCGAGAAGAUAUGCCAAACUCUCAGCGCAUUGAAACUGCAUUAUAGGAAACACGAGGAUAAUCCCAAGCCGUUCAAACCGAAGGUAUGGAAACAUAAAAACGGUUUAUCACGAGAACCGGUCACAAAUGAGCCGGUCCCAUCAGAAAAUCGGUAUCAAAAACCAAAACCGAUCGUCAGCAAGCACAGAUGCGAUCCGAAGCUAGAGGAGUUUUAUGCGAACAACAUAAAAGGUGGUGACAUAGAGUUCUGGCAUUUCUUGAAGAUAUUCAAUAAGAUGUCCAAAGAAAACGUCAACGAUUUCAAAGAUCUCGAGAAACGUACGGAUUUCGGCAUACAUUUACAAGGAAAAGCCAUCAAAGAGACGUCCGCGAGACCCAAACAAACACACAGAGCGUUCACGCGGACAAUAAUGUUGACCAGGAAAGACUAUAACCAACGAAAAGGUGUGAUAGCAAAAAUGAGGCAAAACAUACGUCGCUAUCAUGAGGGAAAAAAAAUCUAGACAAGUAUACACUGAAUUGAUUGUGCAAUUAUGGCUGAAUUAGAAGUCGAGCCACAUGACUGUGACCCCAGGGCUCAUAGUUUAAAUCUUAAACAUAUUGAUUACCUUAUUUCCAACCACCAACAACAUUGCAUGAAAUCAUUUCUUAAACAGACCUACCAUAAAGUUUGGUUAUGUUAAAAUUAUAACUUACCCAAUAUAUAUGAGACGAAACCUCUCAGCAUUCCAUGGAUGGAGAGGAGCUUCAACAGUGCUGGGACCCGCGACCCCGGUGGAGGUUAAGGUUUGUCUAAACGUUAAACGCUAUAUGCAUAUCGGAAAUUACGAUUACGAAAGUGUAUCUGAAGUGUCCUUGAGAUAUAAUUAGGAAGGACGUGGUUUGUGGCGAAUACAAUAUUUCCUCUCCACCUGCUUGGGACACGUUGAACGCGUGCCACUUGCGAUGGAUUUUGCCAAGUCAAAACCUCUUUUUCUGCCAUAAAAACGCGCCGAGUACACAGCCACGGGUGGCGUGGCUUUGACUUAGAUAAGAAAUAUCUCACCAAACGUGACUCGUAGGAAAUACAUCAUAAGGACCAUUGUUGUAGAGAAUUUUAUGAUCAACAGCCAUGUGAGUUUGGGAUGUUUUUUUGAAAAAUAACCAAAAAAAAAUCCCCAAAAUUUUCACCUUUGACGGAUAAAUUGAAAAACACGGAAUCGAUGCCGAUUUUUGAACCUUUUUUGUGAUGCAAACCCCAGCUCCCGCCCGGUGUUGGGCCGAUUUUUGUGAUUCGACAGCUGUCAUUUAACCGAUUUCUUUACUUUAAUAAAAAAUAAUGGUCUUAAAAUACAGCUGUAUAUAAUACACCUCAUUGUGUUAUUUA